GGCUGAACACUGUCCCUUUAAGAGCUCACAGUGCUGAGCAGCGCCGUGCACUGAAACCUCCGGUAUAACAAACACAACUAUCAGCAGCUCAACACUCAAACUUUCUCCACCACAUCUCACAUUAUUGGAGUUUACAACGCUCCAGCAUCAACACAGCGACAAAACACGGGAAUAUGUGACGCGAAUCAACAACGAUGAAGAACUGGUGUGGUCUUCUUCUCUUGGCUAAAUCUGCUGCUGUUCCGCAUGCAGCCUAAUGAGCCCUCAUGCACACUAUGGCAACAAUCGGUCCGUGCUCAGAUGCAGAGGACCUGUUGGCUUCCAUCCACCUGGAGAGGUAUCUGGACCACUUCCGUCAGGCAGGCUUUCUUCUCGCCCGAGACUUCUGUCAUGUGGACAAUGCCGCUCUGAACCGGGUCGGAGUCGCUGCCACCGGCCACAGGAAGCGGAUCCUCAAACUGGUGGAGCACAUUCAGCUGAUCUGCCAACAUCAAAGCAAAGAGCCAUCGCUAGAUCGUUGUAAUUCAGAAUCCGCUAUUCACGAUGUAACUCCUGUCAAAGCCAAGCCUCUUUCCCCUUCAAAACCUCCUGGCACCACUUUCCAAGCCUUACGCAACAGCUCUGCCCCCAAUCUUUGUGCACAAGUCAAGCGCUCAUUCUCGGAACGCAGCACCAGUGUUGUAAAGCCGGUACCAAAACCAAGAACUGUCUUCCACAAACUGAGAGGAGACAAAUUCUCUCUAGCGACGCAACACGAACACCGAAAGUCAUCUCAGGAUCCAGUUGUAAUCGAUUCAUCCUCUCUUUCAUCCAGUACAGACACUGUUAAAACAGCUACUGAAUCUAAAAAGGGCCAUUUAGAGCCAAGUCUGAGCUGUACUGCUUUAUCUCCAGAGAGUGAGGGGCCGUUACCUCCGGUUCCCCCCAGGUUAAAUCGAGGGAUUCCUCCAUCCACGUUCAGGAGGAUGUCGGGACAGGAGCGUCUAAGCACCCCACCACUCUGUACCCCUCCAGACUCGCCAUCCAGUUAUCAGUGUUCUCCCUUCACUAACACACCUGGAUCCCCCCCGAGUCCACCCUGCUCAGGGCUAGAGAUGGUCUCUAAUGAAAUCUACUGUGGCACUUUACCAGACACUCCACAUGUGUUUUGGAGUCGUUCUGUACCCGUUCCCCCUCCACGUCAGGAGCCCAGUCCAUCCACUGAAAAUCAUAGCACUUUAGAAAAGUCGAACUCAAGUGAAUCCUCUAAAAGAACGUCUGCAUCUGCUGAGGAAGAUGAUGACAUGAUCAAUCCGUACUGUGAAACCGUUUUCCACAGCAAGCGACAAUAUCAGCAUUCAGAGGUUGAGAGAAGCGAAAGUAAAGAAAAGACUUCAAAUAAAGAAGAUAAACUGAGAGAUCAUGGACAUCACAAUCACUCAUGGCUGAAGCGUCUGGACUCUCCAGGCUACUGUACAGUAGGUGAAUCCUCGCACUCCUUCUCUCUCCCUCACAACCUGUGCUCCAGUGAAGCAGACGAGGACAUCAUCUCCCCCUACGCCAGCUUCACCUCCCUGUCAGAGCGGGCAGCGCCAAUCCUAAGCGGCUGGCUGGACAAACUCUCUCCUCAAGGAAACUACGUGUUCCAGAAACGAUAUGUGAAAUUUGACGGGAAGAACUUAAUGUACUUUGGGAGCGAAAAGGAUGCCUAUCCCAAAGGUGUGAUUCCUUUAGCUGCCAUACAGAUGGCCCGUCUAGCCAAAGACAACAAAUUUGAGAUAGUGACAAGUCACCGGACAUUUGUCUUCCGAGCUGAUAAUGAUGUCCAGAGGAGCAAAUGGUGCAGCACGUUGCAGGAGCGGGUCAAAGAACAGCUGGUUUUUGGUCGCCCACGUUUUGGCCCCGGCAGUCACUGCCAAAAGAGCGGCUUCCUGGAGCUCAAAGGAACCAAGUCAAAGAUCUACACCGCAAUUAUAAUGGAGCAGAUCUGGUUGUACAAGAGUGAGCAGUGCUUUAAAAAUGGGAUUGGAAUUACAGUAAUUGAGGCGAGAGGUGCUACAAUUCGUGAUGGGAAGGGCAAGAGCUUUGAUCUCAUUACACCUUAUAAAACCUUCAGCUUUACGGCAGAGACGGAUCGUGAGAAGCGGGACUGGAUGGAGGCCCUGCAGGAAUCUAUAGCCGAAACACUCUCUGACUACGAGGUGGCCGAGAAGAUCUGGUCCAACAGGUCCAACAAGAUCUGCGCAGACUGCAAAGCCAUCAAUCCAGACUGGGCAUCAAUCAACCUCUGUGUGGUCAUCUGUAAAAACUGCGCAGGCCAACAUCGAGGUCUGGGCACAAUGGUGUCUAAAGUGCAGAGUCUGAAACUGGACACCAGCGUGUGGAGCAAUGAGAUCGUUCAGCUCUUCAUAAUGCUUGGCAAUGAUAGAGCCAAUGAAUUCUGGGCUGCCAGGCUUCCUGUGUCUGAAGAGCUGGACUGUGAUGCUACUCCAGAGCAGCGGAGAGAGUUUAUAAGCCACAAGUACAAAGAGGGCCGAUACAGACACCCCCAUCCUAGCUUUAGCAGCCAGGAGGAACUGCUGAAGGCGCUGUGCACCGCCGUGACCGAGCAGAACCUGCUGAAAACAGUCACUCAGAUUUUUGCAGAGGCAGAGGCCGCGAGACUUGCUGACGCUAAUGGAAACGAUAAGCGUGUGUCGCCGCAUUACUCAUACACACAGUCUGCAGAUUCCUGCGUGUAUGAUGAGAUCAUGCAGCCCAUCCUGUACUCCGGCUUCCUCUACAAGUCAGGCUCUUUGAACAAAGGGACAUUAUCACGCAGGACCAGAGACGCAGAUUUCCAAAAAUAUUGGUGUUCGGUGGAGAAGUCUAUUCUCUUUUAUGAGUCUGACAGAUGUCAUGAGCCCAGUAUGAAGAUCGAUGUUAAAGACAUCAUCUGUUUAGGAGUCAGCAGGCCAGACUCCAGCAACAACAGCGGCUUUAUUGACAAAUUUCGCUACACUUUUGAACUUUACCUAAUGUCUGAUAAACUGGUCCAGUUUGGCUUGGAGACUCCAGAUGCUUUGCACAGUUGGGCGAGAGCAAUAGGGAAGGCCACUACUCCUCUCAGCUGUCACUGCCUGCUGGCGAGAGAGUUCGAGCGGGUGGGUGUGCUGAGAUACAAGGCCAUGUUAGACCCACAGCAGUGGAAAGAAGGCUUCUUUGUUCUCCAGAAGUCCAACCUGUUCAUAUGCCCUGGAAAUGAUGGAGCCGCCGAGGAUAUUAUAAACCUGAAACGCCUACAGGAGCUCAGUAUUGCAUCGGAAAUGGAGAACCAUGAGAAGAAGGACAUUCUGGUUCUUGUUGAGAAAGGAAGGACUCUUCAUCUGCAGGGCACUGGCAGGACUGAUUUCUCCCUCUGGUACGCGGACAUCCAGAAGGCUGCAGGGGGGAAAGGAAACACCCUGAAAGAUCAGCAGCUCAGCAGAAAUGACAUUCCCAUCAUAGUAGACAGUUGCAUUGCUUUCAUAACCCAAUAUGGUCUGGGUCAUGAGGGUAUUUACAGAAAAAAUGGUGCCAAGUCCAGAAUCAAGCUUUUGAUGGAAGAGUUUCGUAAGGACGCCCGCAACGUAAAGCUCCGUAUUGGGGAUAACUUCAUUGAGGACGUGACGGAUGUUCUGAAAAGGUUCUUUCGGGAAAUUGAUGACCCUAUAUUCAUGGCUGACCUCCACCCCUUCUGGAAAGAAGCUGCCAAGAUCCCUCUGAAGACACAGCGCUUGGAUCGAUAUAAAGAGCUGAUUCGAGGUUUACCACGGGUCAACAGAACCACUUUAGCAGCGCUCAUCAGUCAUUUGUACCGGGUUCAGAAGUGUGCGGAUCUGAAUCAGAUGUGCACUAAAAACCUGUCCCUGCUUUUUGCACCCAGCCUGUUUCAGACUGAUGGCAAAGGGGAACAUGAGGUCAAAAUCAUAGAAGACCUCAUUGAUAACUAUCUCUAUAUAUUUGAUGUUGAUGAAGAACAUCAAACGCAGAUUGAUUUGGAAAUCAGUUUGAUAACCACAUGGAGAGACACACAGCUCUCACAGGCUGGAGACCUGAUCAUUGAAGUUUAUCUUGAAGAAAAGAUACCAGAUUGCUGCAUCACUCUGAAAGUGUCUCCCACUAUGUGUGCGGAGGAACUGACCAAUCAGGUGCUGUAUAUGAGGAACAUCCCCGCAGGAGAGAAGGAUGUGUGGAUGACCUUUGAGGCCAUUGAGGAUGGAGAGCUCGAACGACCUCUUCACCCCAAAGAGAAGGUUCUGGAACAAGCCUUACAAUGGUGUAAAAUGGCUGAUCCCAGUUCAGCAUAUCUGGUGGUCAAGAAAGUGCCCAGAGGAGAAGCUAUAGACAUUUUCACAGCCUAUAAGAGUGAAAUCGUCAAGUCUGGAGUGCUGAAGUGUCGGGAAGAGCCGCCCAAACUCUUACAAGGAAACAAAUUCCAGGAGCGAUCUUUCCAAAUUAAAGACCACAAAUUACUCCUGAUGAAGGACAAAAAAAGCAACAAGCCUGAGAAAGAAUGGCAACUGAAGACCUUAAAGAUUUACAUGGGGAUCAGAAAGAAGCUCAAACCUCCAACUAAAUGGGGAUUAACAGUACUGUUGGACAAACAGCAAUUGUACCUCAGCUGUUCCUGUGAAACUGAAUUAUGGGACUGGAUGACCAAUUUACUAAAAGCACAGAAUGAUGAUCUGCGGCCGCCGGUGAUGAGGCGUCACUCAUCCUCAGACAUCUCCAAGCAGAAGUUUGGCACCAUGCCGCUCGUGCCCAUCAGAGGAGAGGAAAGCAACACCAACUCAACCAUGCUCUCUGCCAAUCAGACUCUGAGGAAGCUUCACACAAGAAGAGCACUCUCCAUGUUUUUUCCCAUGAAGAUACAGCAGCAGGACUCAUUUGAGGAGCGCAUUGAAAUCCCCGAGCCUUUAUACGAGGAGGUGGGAGACUUCGGCCUGCAGGUGCUCAAGUCUUUGGAGACCAGUUUUCUGUCCAGCGGCCAUGCAGAGACACAGGAAGUGCCCAUGCGACCCAUCAGCCUGGGACAGAGGAAAACCACAUCUCUGGACCGCAUGCUGGGCUCCAGGCCAUUCGUGUCCUCAGGUGAGUCUCUGGAUGCUCUGAGCCACGAUGGAUCUUCUGACUCUCUGCCCAUCCCAGGUCGACACAGAGCUCACCGCUCGUGCAGCCCGCAACAGGAACUACUGCUACAGGAACUUUCCACCAUGUUCUGCAAGAAACCAGAGUCAGAUGAGCCUGAAAGCCUAACCUGAGCUUCAAAUUGGCGUGCACUUUUGUUGUUGUUUUGUUUUGAAAUGGGCAAGGAAGAAUCCAGUAUUAAAUGUUUGUUUAUUUAAAGAGUCAGUUCACCCAAAACCAAUUUCACUUCACUUCAGCUUCUUCUGUUGAAUGUGAAAGAAAAGCAAUAUUGGAAACCAGUAGCUUUUUUACUAUGGCAGUUGGUGGUUACAUUUUAAGAAGAUAUUUUAGAGAUUGUUGGAAACCAGUUACUAUUGAUUUACAUAGUGUUUUUUUAAUAUGGGACUCAAUGAGUGCCUGUUUCUAAAAUGCUUAGAAAAGAAGAUAUUUUGAAGAAUGUUGGAAACUGGUUGCUAUGGUCAAUGGCUAUCUAUUUCCAGCAUUGUUAGAAAAGGAGAUAUUUUACAUGAGAAUGUUGGGAAUGAGUUGCUAUUAAUUUUCAGAGUAUUUUAGCUUGCUGUAGGACUGAACAGCUACUGGUUUCCAACAUUCUUAAAAAGAAGAUGCUUUAGUGAAUUUUGGAAACCGUUUGCUAUUGAUUUCCAUCGUAUUUGUCCUGUUUCUAAAAUUCUUAGAUAAUAAGAUAUUUUGUAGAAUGUUGGAAACAAGUUGCUAUUGGUUCCCAUAGUAUUUUUCUAAUAUUGAAGUCAAUAGAUACCUGUUUCCAACUCUUUUAAAAAAGAAGAUAAAAAAUGUUGGAAACUAGUUGCUAUUGAUUCCAUCGUAUUGUUUUCUACUAUGAGACUCAAUGAGUGCCUGUUUCUAAAAUUCUUAGUAAAGAUUAUAUUUUAAAAAUUGUUGGAAACCAGUUGCUAUUGAUUCUCAUAGUAUUUUUCCUACUAUGUAAAUCAACUAUUUUCAGCAUUCUUAAAAAAGAAGAUAUUUUAGAAAAUGUUGGAAAUGGGUGGCUAUUGAUUUCCAUAGUAUUUUAUUUGUACUAUGAAAGUGAACGGCCACUGGUUUCUAACAUUCUCAGAAAAGAAGAUACUUAAUUCAAUAGCAAGUGGUAUGCAACAUUCUAUAAUGUUUUUUUUUCCUACUAUGGGAGUCAAUGAAUGCCUGUCUCCAACAUUCUUAGAAAAGAAGACACUUAGAGAAUUUUGUAAACUGCUUGCUUCUGAUUUCCAUAUUUAUUUUUUCUACUUUGGGAGUCAAUGAGUGGCUGUUUCUAAAAUUCUUAGAUAAUAUGAUAUUUUGAAGAAUUUUGGAAACAACUUGCUAUUGGUUCCCAUAGUAUUUUUCUAAUAUUGAAGUCAAUGGUUACCUAUUUCCAACUUUCUUAGAAAAGAAGACAUUUUAGAAAAUGUUAAAAACCAGUUGCUAUUGAUUUGCAUCAUUUUUUUUCUACUAUGGAACUUAAUAAGUGCCUGUUUCUAAAAUUCUUUAAAAAGAAGGUAUUUUGAAGAAUGUUGGAUAGCAGUUGCUAUUGAAUCUCAUAGUAUUUUUCCUACUAUGUAAAUCAAUGGCUAUCUAUUUCCAGCAUUCUUAGAAAAGAAGAUAUUUUAGAGAAUGUUUGAAAUAUGUUGCUAUUAAUUUCCAUAGUAUUUAUAUUCUUGCUAUAGGAGUGAAUGGAUACUAGUUUCCAACAUUCUUAGAAAAUAAGAUACGUUAUAGAAUGUCGGAAACUGCUUGCUAUUGAAUUCCAGUUUUUUUCCUACUAUUUUUUGAAGAAUGUUGUAAAGCAGUUGCUAUUGAUUCUAAAAGUAUUUUUCCACCUAUGUGAGUGAAUGGUUUUCUGGUUUACCGGCAUUCUUAGAAAAGACAAUAUUUUAGUGAAUGUUGCUAAUGAGUUGCUAUUGGAUCCCAUAGUAUUUUUCUUAGUUGGAGUCAAUGGUUACCGGUUUCAAACUUUCUUGGAAAAGUGGAUAUUUUGAAGAAUGUUGUAAGCCAGUUGCCUUUGGUUCCUUAGUUUUUUUUUUUGUUUUUUUUUUGUAAUAUGGGAGUCAAUGGUUACCCGUUUCAAACUUUAAAGAGGAUACUUUAGAAAAUGUUGGAAACCAGUUCCUAUUGAUUUCUGUUGUGGUUUACAACAUUCUCAGAAAAGAAGAUACUUUAUAGAAUGUUGGAAAACCGCUUGGUAUUAAAUUCCAUGUUUUUUCCUGCUAUGGGUGUCAAUGAAUGUCUGUCUCCAACAUUCUUAGAAAAGAUGAUGUUUUAAAAAAAAUACAGGAAACGUUUCAGCAUUCUUCAAAAUAUCUUCUUUUGGGUUCAAUUGAAGUAAGAGACUUGUUAUAGUUUGGGAGAUUUUAUGGAAUAUUGUUGAGUAAAUUUGGACUUUUAGGUGAACUUUCACUUUAACGUAAAGUGCCAAAGCAGUCACUGAAAAGAGAAACACAAAGUCUGUGAACCAGUACUAGAAUUUAUUUGAUUUUUGAUUUUUUUUUGUAUAAAUUGAGUAAAUUUGUUUAGGCUUUUGUAUUUGUUUGUAUGCUACACUAAAACUGACCGACCUCUCAUCAUUUUAUACAGUUUUACGUAAAAAAAAAAAUCAUUUUAUUUUAUUGUUGUAUUAUAAAAUACAAUAAUAAUUGUAUUUUAUUGUUGUGUUAUUUGUACUUAAGGUUGAAAUUGCAGUUCAGUUCAUGUGCUAUUUUUUAAACACAUUUCUUGGCUCAGUAUUGAUGUGGUUUCUGUAUAACAGUAAGAAAUGAAUCAUAAUAACGCAUGUAUGUAAAGCAGCCUGUGAUACACAAUAGCAGUGGAAAUAUUUACAGGACUGCAGAUGGAUGAAAUAAAUACUGCAUGGAUGCAUUUCAGUUCUCCUGGGACCUUGGCCAGGUCUUUUUAUAUGUAUACAGUUUAUGAUAUUUAUUAAUUUAUUUAUAUAGACUAUUUGAAUAAUUCUCAAAAUAUUUGUCAGUGAUAGGAGGCACAGUGUUUUAACAGUAGAGGGCAGUGUAGAUACAGCGCAGAUACAAUCCCCACAAUCCAAAAGCCUCUUCAGUGCACGUUUUCACUUCUCUCUUUACAGGCAUUCAUUAAAGGCAUGUACAGUUGUAUAAAGUCUCAUAACUAAAUAAAACUGUUCUUACCUUCUGA